AUGAGAACCAUAGGAAACGCAGCAAAGGCAGCUUUUAAGGUUCUUAGCAAUGGGAUUAAGAAAGCUAAGCACAAGGCCGAGAAGUUGGUGUCUGGCUUUGGUAAUAAAAAGAAGGAUGCUUCUGACUCUGCUGAGAAAUCAGAAGGCAUUUCCUUUCCUGUAAGGUCGGGGAUAGGAGACUCUGAAGAUUGUCCCCAGGACUACAAAGACCUUCUGGUGGAGAAGCCUUUCAAAGACCCUGUUUUUAUUGAGAUGGGACAGGAUCCAGAUCUUAUAAGUGCCGAGUUUAGGAAGAUAGGAAAGGACGUUCUGUUUUUGUAUGACAUAGAUGAUACUCUUUACCACCCAUCAAACAAUCUUCAGAAGAUGGAAAGGAAGUUCCUUGAAGAAAAAUAUCUUUCUUUCAAGAAGGAUGGGACUCUGGAAACGUUUAAGGAGGAGCUAUCUCUAUCACUCCUUUAUUCGUCUCUUUUCUACAACUAUGUCGGUAUUUCUCUAGAGGAGUAUUGGGAGAUGUUAUCUGAGUUUGACUAUCUACAGUAUCUUUCUCCAGAUGUAAAUCUGAGGAAUUUCCUUCUUUCUAUGAAGAAUAUCAGAAGAUGCUGUUUUACAAACGGACCUCGAGACCGAGCAGAGAACAUUCUUGCAAAGUUGGGUGUUUUGGAUUGCUUUGAGGUUGUUAUCUCCAUAGGAAAGUAUGACAAAACUUUCUGCUGUAAGCCACUUAUCAAGUCUUAUGAAUUCGUUACAAAGGUUUUGGGAAUAGAGUCUCCUGGAAAUGUUUAUUUCUUUGACGAUUCUGAAAUCAACAUCAUUAAAGCAAGAGAAUUCGGAUGGAACGGGGAACUAAUUACAAGAGACCACAAUAUUAUCGACGUCUCGUCUCGUAUACUACAGGAGAUCAAUGAAGAUGCUCGUAGCCUUCAUUUCCAGAAGGUUUCAGCAGUACCUUCCAGCAAGAUGCCCUCGAACUAA